UUAAUUACUUCGCAUACUUUCACCGGUUAUGUUCGCUGCCGCUCACCGUUGCGUAUUCUGAAACGAAUCUUGAUUGCACGAUCGCAAUGCUUUGCGCAACGUAUUGAUCAUGCAAUCAAAUGAAUACAUAGAACCAAGUGAAAAAAAUAAACGUUCAGUCGAAAUGAUGUCGAAAGUAUUCCGAUUUUCAUUGAUUCUCACGUUUUUAAUAAAUUCAACACACUCACUGAAGAUACUUGGUCUGUUUCCACAUCCCGGUUUGAGCCAUUUUCACUUUUUCCAUCCGAUUAUGCGAGGCUUGGCCGAUGCUGGCCAUGAUGUUACCGUUCUUAGUCAUUUUCCCGACAAAAAUGCACCACCAAACUAUAAAGAUUUGACGUUGAAUGGUGCCGAUUCCCUGACCGAUUCUGUUGAUUUACAGUGGUUCUCGUAUCGUCCAUUUUAUCAACCAUUCUUAGAAUUUGAAAAAUUAGCCCAAUGGGGCUAUGAAGCUUGUGAGUUGACAUUGAAUUCGACCGAUGUGCAAAAUCUAAUUAAUACAAAUGUAAAAUUUGAUGUGCUACUUGUUGAACAGUUUAAUAGUGACUGCAUGAUGGGUUUGGCAUGGAAACUAAAAGCACCUGUUAUCGGCUUGAGUAGUUGUGUUUUGAUGCCUUGGCACUAUGACCGAUUUGGUAUACCAUGGAUUUUAUCAUAUAUAACUGCACAACCUUUGGGUUCUACGGACAAUAUGACUUAUACUGAACGUUUAUUGAACUUUUUCUAUAUGAAUCUAUACAAGAUUUGGUAUCACUAUAUCAGCUUAAGACAAAUCGAUACACUUACUCGAAAAUAUUUGCGAGAUGAAAAUAUGCCACAUUUAAGUGAAUUGGUGAAAGAAACAAGUUUAAUGUUUCUAAAUACACACUAUUCCCUUGAAGGAUCCAGACCGAAUCCACCGUCGAUUAUCGAAAUUGGCGGUAUCCACAUUACAGAACCAAAGCCGUUAGAUCCCGAGUUAGAAUCGUUUCUAAAUUCAGCCGAAGAUGGUGUGAUUUAUGUUAGUUGGGGAUCAUUGAUUCGAGCUGCCACUUUACCCGAAGACAAACGUAAUCAUCUCCUGAAAGCGUUUGGUUCAUUCAAACAAAAGGUUUUAUGGAAAUUCGAAAAUGAAACACUGGCAAAUCAACCAUCGAAUGUACUCAUUCGAAAAUGGAUGCCACAAAAAGACAUUUUAUGUCAUCCAAAUGUACGUGUUUUUGUCAGCCAUGGCGGUUUGAUGGGAAGUAGUGAAGCCGCCUAUUGUGGUGUGCCUGCUGUGUUGACUCCAAUGUAUGGUGACCAAUUUCAUAAUUCGAUGGCUGUAAAAGCACGUGGAAUGGGCUUCAUUGUUCAGUAUGAAGAUAUAACAGAAAAAUCGGUAAAAGCAGCCAUUGCUGAAGCACUAGGCACAGAUGCACAACAAAAUGCCAAAACAGUUUCAUAUUCAUAUCGAAAUCGACCAAUGUCGCCUUUGAAAACUGCUAUUUGGUGGACUGAAUAUGUAGCCGCAAUGCAUGGAGCACCUCUUAUGAAAUCACAUUCGGUAAAUAUGUCGGCAUUUACAUACUAUUCUUUUGAUGUGUAUGCUACAAUUGCAGUCAUUUUAUUACCGAUUGUCUAUUUAUGGGUUUAUAUAGUGCGUAAGUGCUUCAAUACUUCAAAUUUAAAAUCGAAAAAAGACUAGUGUGAUUUUUUCAUGAAAAUUAGCUCUGAUUAAUUUUUCAAUUUAAAAAAAUUAUUCAGCAAUUAUUUAAUUUUACUUUCGGUGCUUCUAAAAUAAAGGUUACGAGUACUGUGUUAUCAAA